AUGAACAGAGGUGGCGUUGGAAUGAACAUGAGUGGUCGGUGUGGGUGGUUGAGCCAACCGCGCUGUCUUGGGGGUUGCAGCAUUGGAGCGCAAUGCAGGUAAGUGUGGAAGUGAGGUCCUGAUAACCCUACUGGCAAUAUUUCACAGAUACCAUUAAGACAGAGCUGGAGGCAUGAAGUAUGGGUAACCUGGGACAAAAAAUACCCAACCUGAAGGGACUUUUAGACACCAAUUCACUAUACCUUUUCACUAUACCUUUAAGCUAUACCAAAAUAAGCUAAGGAGGAUACUUCUGCGUGACACUCAAAAUAACCCCUGACACCCAAAACAACACCGAAAUGAUGCAGGAAGCAUACUUUGAGUCCCCUUCUACCUCCCUCCUCUCUACACCCGCUUCCUCCUACAUAAUUCAUCCCAUCCACCUGCACCCUCAUGCUAAACUACACCAAUCAUGAAGCAUAUCCAACAAACAUCGCCCGGGAGCAAUAUUCCAUUACCACACACGAACAUGAAGCGUAAUACCCAUUGUAUUCACAUUCAUACCUAAUGUAAGGAUCAAACCCAUGAGGUUGUAUACAAUAUACCAGUUGAAACCGCAACAGCCACUCUGAGCCAAGAUACAUAGCUGCUGACACACACGGCAGUUUAUAGAACAUAGGGUCUGCAACCCUGAGCAAGAAAUCACAUUCAUAGAAAAUAGCUAACUCUUGGUUCUUGAUCUUUGACUCUUGAUACUUGCCAUUGUUAAACGUAUGCUUUUACCUAUUGAAACCAAUUGUACCUCCAAUCUCUGUACUUUAUAAACACAUCCUAUUAGUAUUGGUGUGGUCUUGACAACUGAUAUAUCAUUGCUUGAAUGUAUGAAAUUGAUAUACUAAUUAGUUUUUCCCUAUGACCCCCUUUUCUGUUCUGUACCAAAAUCUAUUUUGAUAAAAAUUGUCAAAAUGAAGAAAAAAAAAAAAAAAAAGGACUUCCCAUUGAAUUCAUUUUGGAGUUACUAAUACUCAAAUUGCAAUUUAAUUAAUUUAGCUAGAUGAUAUCCUUAUUUUAAGGAAAGGGAGAAUAAGAAGGGGGCUUAAUCCAUGGUCAACUAUAAUAGCCAAUUCACAGCACUGGUAAAGAUGACUACAAAGGUGAGUGAGGAACGUGAGCAAUUUUUUAAUUUGCAAAUUUAUAUCAAAUAUUUGGAAAUGGAAUAUAACUUAUGUUCUAUGCCGACACAUUGGAAUGCAAAUUUUGUAUGUCACUAGGGCACACAUUCCCAACAUAUAAAAAAAAAAAUUCUUUAUCUCAUGCACAAUUUCUAAGAGUGUCUAGGAUCAUUAGACUAAAAUGGAAAAGCCCUUGCAGAACAUGUAUCACAGAUAUUUGAAAUGAGGAUACAAACGCAAUGAUCUACAGAAAGCCAUGCAAACAUCUAGGAAUUAUCAACCGUGGAUGGAGAAGCAGAGAUUACAAAGAAUAAUGUUCCCAAUGUCCUAUUAUUCAGCAAUACUAAAACUAACAACAUCAUUGAGAAUGAAUUGGAAUAUUAAGUCAACACUAAAUUAAAUUUAGGAGACACUAUAUUACCAGAUAUGUUUAAGGAGAUGUCUAUGACAUGCUGUAGGUGGAACAGAAGUCUGCAGGACUAUUAGUAAACACCGACCCGGGACAAAGUUUUAUGCCAGCUUCCAAAACUCCUCAGAAUGUGGGCAAUGUUUGAUACUUGCGGUGUGUCUCCAAUGGCCACAUCCUUGGAAAGAGCUUCAGUCACCCCCAUACGGGAAAGAAAUAAUAUAUGUAAGACACCAUAUUACUUGCAAAACAGAACACGUAGUGUAGAAAAUAUUGUGUCCAUGUGGGUUGAUAUACAUAGGGAAAACUGAAACAGCACUGUCUGAAAGAAUACGAGGCCAGAGAUCAAGUAUGUGCACACAAUAUAGAGAUUGAUAUUUGGAUAAACCAGUAGCAAAACAAUUUCUGGAGAGAAAACAUCCACUGACAUUUUUUAAAUUUAUAGGUAUAAAAUAGAUCAUAAAACCCAAAACAUUUGGAUAAAUGACCUUGACACAAUAGCACAAAAACGACAUAACGAGAAAUUGUCAGAUAGUUCAUUUUUAUUAAGUGUUAGCAGAACCAACUCGAUUGAUACAUUUUUCUAGUUUUUAAAAAAAAAAAUAUAUAUCUAUUUUGGCUAUAUGUAUUUGUACUAAUGUGAAAAAGCAUAUAUCUUUUAAUAAUUAUACUGUAGGAUAUCCCUCAUGAUUGGGCAUUGUCACUUUGAAGACACACAUUAUGAUUGUGACAUGGCAUGUAAAUGACACUUUAAUAUGUAUUUAGUCACAUAAUACUUUUUUUAACGAAAACAUAGGAUACACAGUAUUCAUAUUUAUAAUAGCUAUAGCUUCUUAUACUACUAAAACUUUCAUACCACAAUAAUCGGCAUGGGUAAUAUACUUACACAGUAGAAUAACUUGAAAUAUUAGUCACAGUUAAGAAUAGAUUAUAUACACUGUAAAGCAGCAGUUACACAAUGUAGUGCAUGAUUCUAAAGAAACAUAGAAACAUAGAAACGUGAUGGCAGAUAAGAACCAUUCGGCCCAUCUAGUCUGCCCAAUUUUCUAAAUACUUUAAUUAGUCCCUAGCCUUAUCUUAUAGUUAGGAUAGCCUUAUGCCUAUCCCACGCAUGCUUAAACUCCUUUACUGUGUUAACCUCUACCACUUCAGCUGGAAGGCUAUUCCAUCCACUACCCUCUCAGUAAAGUAAUACUUCCUGAUAUUAUUUUUAAACCUUUGUCCCUCUAAUUUAAGACUAUGUCCUCUUGUUGUGGUAGUUUUUCUUCUUUUAAAUAUAGUCUCCUCCUUUACUGUGUUGAUUCCCUUUAUAUAUUUAAAUGUUUCUAUCAUAUCCCCCCUGUCUCGUCUUUCCUCCAAGCUAUACAUGUUAAGAUCCUUUAACCUUUCCUGGUAAGUUUUAUCCCGCAAUCCAUGAACCAGUUUAGUAGCCCUUCUCUGAACCCUCUCUAAGGUAUCAAUAUCCUUCUGAAGAUACGGUCUCCAGUACUGUGUACAAUACUCCAAGUGAGGUCUCACCAGUGUUCUGUACAAUGGCAUGAGCACUUCCCUCUUUCUACUGCCAAUACCUCUCCCUAUACAACCAAGCAUUCUGCUAGUAUUUCCUGCUGCUCUAUUACAUUGUCUGCCUACCUUUAAGUCAUCAGAAAUAAUCACCCCUAAAUCCCUUUCCUCAAUUGUUGAGGUUAGGACUCUAUCAAAUAUUCUGUACUCUGCCCUUGGGUUUUUACUUCCAAGAUGCAUUAUCUUGCACUUAUCCACAUUAAAUGUCAGUUGCCACAAUUCUGACCAUUUUUCUAGUUUACCUAAAUCAUUUGUCAUUUGGCUUAUCCCUCCUGGAACAUCAACCCUGUUACAUAUCUUAGUAUCAUCAGCAAAAAGACAUACCUUACCAUCAAGACCUUCUGCAAUAUCACUAAUAAAAAUAUUAAAGAGAAUGGGUCCAAGUACAGAUCCCUGAGGUACCCCACUGGUGACAAGUCCAAGCUUCGAAUAUAUUCCAUUAACUACAACCCCACGCCGAUUCCUGAGGACCAAUAACCGGAUUGGGUAAGCUUAUUGUUAUAAAUAAGCAGACACACGUUUGGAGAGCUUGAGAGAAUUUUAGCAUAUACCAGUACAAUUGUGGCUAAAUCGACCUAUAUUCUCCCUAAAGUCAUUUGGACAACAUGGGAAAGAAAGCCAGACUCUUCCUCAAAGGAUAUUGGCACUUUGCUCUGUGUGACUCCGCAGCAGUGGCCUACUAAGAUGGCAUCAGGGAAGACUCAGACACAGCAUCGGAGGGGAGCGUAUCUGAUGACCUUCUGUUUCUCAUCAGAGGAGGUGAAGUCGGGGUGUGCCAUACUAGAUGGGAGCGCUUACAGUUGCACCAGCAGGCUAGUCCUAUCUCCCACCUGGAACUUAUACCUGCCAGCAAGGCAGAGACCCAAAAUCUGCUGACGGAGCUGAAGGCCUUAUUUGUGACUGACAUAACCCUAGUCUGGGAAGACAUGGGGGCUAUAACAGUCAGGUUGCAGGUAUUGGAGUAUGAUAGUGACAUCACCACAGGCAAUCAAGAUGAUUUGAGAGCAGGGAUUGACAAGCUGAAGCGGACCAACCUCACCAUGGAGGAUUCCAAAUGA